GGAGCAAACUAUCUUUCAAAACCUAUAUCGGACGUAGCGGUAGGUCAGUGUUUUCUGACAGCACAUUUCAGCGAACGAAUUUCGUCCUUACCUUUUUGAAGAGUUCGUCAUGUGGACACACGUGUUUCUCGCGGUCCUCACAGCUCUAGUGAUCCGAGCCGACUACGAUUGUAUUUGGAACUACAAUAUCGAAAUACAAGUGUAUGAACAGAUGUCAAACUCGAGUACAGUUCUCGGUUCCAUGUUCGAGUUUGACUGUAAGGCAUUGGGUGCAGCUACCAGUGACCCCCACUGGCACUCAGUGCAGUUUGAACACAAGCUUGGUUACGUGGAGGAGGCAGAAAACGUUCAGGUCCAGACCUGUCCCGGUGCCCCUCCGGAUGCUGAUAUAGUGACCACAACAUCGACCCCUUCACCCAGCAACAGUGUAAGCGUUGUGGCACACACUAUCACAACAACGGGGAUGAUGACAACAUCGACUCCACCUUCUACUACCUCAACAACAGAGACCACGCCGUCACCGACCACAGCAACGACUACAGUCACCACCUCUACAGAAAUGACGACUCCUUCAACACCAACAACCACUACUCAAGGUCAAACCCCUGUUCCAUAUACAGAAUCUACAACUACGUCAUCGACUACAUCAUCUACUGUAACAACAACAACCACCGUUAUGGAUUCCACCAUUGCAACUUCUGCUAUUCCAGGAGUUCAAUAUGGUUGUGCAGAAAAGUAUUUUCAACAUGCCAUAACCUUCCACGGUCAACUGUUUACUAUGGACAACACAUGCUAUGAAUUGGUCCAUACCCCAACAUCAUGGACGUCUGCUGAAGGCGAUUGUCAGAGAAGAGGGGGUCAUCUUGUACAUAUCGAGAACGAUAAUCAACAGAAUCGCCUUUACGACGUUGUGAAGCAGUACCAUCAUAACCAUGUCUGGAUUGGGCUAAACGACCGCGAUACAGAGGAGCAUUUUGUUUGGAGCUCAGGAUAUCCCGUGAGCUACACACAUUGGCAUCCAGGUAGGGAUUCUCCACUACCCGAGAUUAUCCUCCACGAAGACUGUGUCAGGAUGGAUACGGCGUAUAGUGGACAGUGGGAAGAUGUGCGUUGUGGGGAAGACUUUGGCUACAUAUGUGAAUUUGCCACAAGUUUGUUAGCUGCCACCACCACUGCUGUACCAAAUACACAAGUUGACACUGACGGCGAUGUUCGCGUUUGUCCUAGCCGUGUGCAGUAUUACGCCCAGACAAACCAUUUAACCGUUGGACAAUUCAACCAAAGCUGUUACGAACUGCUCAAAACCACGAUGACCUGGGGUAACGCUGAUGAUAUCUGCCGAAGGUCAGGCGGCCAUCUUGUGUCCAUCAACGACGCCACUGAGCAACAAUACAUCCAGGGCUUCAUGAUGCGACAUGGUCCACGAUCCACGGUGUGGGUCGGAUUGUUUGACAAAGGAUCUGAAGGCGUCUACCACUGGCUCUCUGGUGAAAAGGUUACCUAUACCAACUGGGUGAGUGGCCAUGUUGACCAUGGCUCUAAAGACUGUGUGAUCUUGGACCCGGCGAGAGGGGGUGUCUGGGACGACGGUGAUUGUUCUCCCGGUUUGUUCAUAUUCGGUAAUGGAGAAGACCAUCACUACGGGCUCUGUGAAUUUAAAAUGCAGUCGGAAUCACAACACUCGGCAGUUCUAGUCGGCUGAUUGCAUUAAUUUAUAAAGGAAAAAAAAACAAGAUAUGUUCUAUGUUAUACAUUUAAAUAAAGAACACAUAACCUA